AGAUAUGAAAAAAAAGUCAUGAGAUUUAGAAUGAGUAACGCAUCGACACACGCUCAUGACAACACCCAGCAAGUGGGUGGUGAUCACAACGAUGCCGAGACGGAGGCAUCCAGCUUCGUGCCUCAGCAGAAUGCUGGGCAGCCCAAUGUGCCUCUGAACGCGGGGGAAAACCAGAAUUUUGGGAACCCGCCUGAGAAUGUCAUGCCCGCCUUCAUGACGCAAUUCCUGCAGCAGAUGGCCAACGCGCCGAUGUUCCAGCAGCCUCAGCCACCGCGGCGACACAUCACCUUCAAAACGCUGAAGGACAACGGAGCGGAGGAGUUCCUUGGAGAUAGAGUGGCUGAACCUCAAGUGGCUCUGGAUUGGAUCGAACAGGUGGCUAGGGUGCUCAACGACCUGGAUGUUCCGGUUGUGGAUCAUCCAAAGUUGGCAUCCCAGCUACUCCGCAAGGGAGCGUACGAGUGGUGGAAGCGCGUCGACAGCGAGCCGCAGACGCCGAAGCCCUGGACAUGGGCAUAUUUUGACUGGGCUUUCAAGAAGGAGUAUAUCCCAGCUUGCUUCCGAGAGGAGAAGCGAUCAGAGUUCAUGGAGUUGGUACAGGGGGACAUGACCCUUGCCGAGCUACGACAGAAGUUUGAUCAUUUGGCUCAGUUUGCACCCACGUUGGUGUCAACACCUGCGGAUAGAAUUGAAGAGUUCAGGAAGAGGUUGCGCCCUGAUGUGCGACCUUAUGUUUCUACCGUGGUCACCACCGAUUUCUCAGCGGCUUACGACCUGAUGGCUAAGGCGGAGAAAGCAGUGGAUGACCUGAAGGCAAGCUUGGGUGCUGGAUGGACCGCUACUUGUCAACGACCCUCUACCAGCGCGGCACCGAGCGGGAAGAGAUCCUUUGGCGGUACUAAAGGUACCCAAAACUUCAAGAAGACCAAAUCUGCACCGGCUCAGUCACAGGCAGCGAGCAAUCGAAGCAAACCUUCCAAGUAUCCGGUGUGCAAUCAGUGUGGGAAAAAGCACCCUGGUGAAUGCUGGUUCGCGCAGGGCUUAUGUAUGGGAUGCGGAAAGGAGGAACAUUUCCGUAAGGACUGCCCAACUAACCCCGGGCGUGCCUUCCCCGUAACCGAGACGCAGACACCGACAGCGAGUCAGAGGUCAGCGCAGAGCCAGAGGUCUACCGCGGGCUCAAACCCGCCGAGAGGACAGAACCAGAACCAGAACCGCCAGCAGGGACAUGCGCCUGCACGCACUUACGCCAUGCACGGACGUACUGAGGUGAACCGCGACGUCAUCUUGGGUAUGUUUUCACUAUUCGACACUCCUAUGCUUGCAUUAAUUGACCCAGGAUCUACGUUAUCUUACAUAUGUGUCCCUAUGCCUGAGAAAUCUGAUAUCCAGAGGGGUGAUCUGGAAUACCCUAUGGUAGUGUCUAAUCCGUUAGGGCAUAGCAUGCGACUUCAUCAUCUGUACCGCAACUGUCCGUUGACGGCCCACGGACACCGGUUGUCCGCAAAUCUGAUCGAGUUACCGUACAAGGAAUUUGAUAUUAUCCUUGGUAUGGAUUGGUUGACUGAGCGUCAAGCGAUAUUUGACUGUGGUUUGCGCACUGUACGGCUGAAGACUGACGAUGGUGAUGUGGUAGAAGUCAAGGGAGAGUUGUUCCCUAAGCCUCCAGAAUUUAUGUCUUACAUGCAAGCGAAGCGGUUGAUUCGGAAGAAAUGUGAGGCAUUCUUGUUCCACGUUCGAGACACUAGGAAGGAGAUCCCCGAACAGAAGGAUAUCCCUACAGUGUGUGACUUUCCCGAUGUGUUUCCCGACGAUCUCCCUGGCCUGCCACCGCCAAGGGAAGUGGAGUUUUCGAUUGAUCUGCCGACAUUGGAAAGUGAGAUUCGAACAGCCCAGGCCACAGAUGACUUUUGUGUGAAGACUUGUGGGCUUGUCUCCAAGGGGGAGAGACAAGACUUCACCAUUGAUGACAAUGGAGGGCUGCUCUUUAAGGAUCGCUUGGUGGUACCAAACGGUGAAAAGAUCCACGAUGUGUUUCAUGUGUCUAUGCUGAGGAGAUAUCGAUCUGACCCGUCACACAUCCUACCUGAGGGAGCAGUCACCCUCGAUGAGAGUCUUACCUAUGAAGAAGAACCCGUACAGGUCUUGGCACGCGAAGUAAAGGAACUGAGGAACAAGACAGUUCCCUUGGUCAAGGUGCUUUGGCGGAACCACGCAGUGGAAGAAGCAACCUGGGAGACCGAGGAAUCCAUGAGAACCCAGUAUCCUCAACUCUUUAGUGACCAAUGACUCAGGUUGGUCUUCUCGAGCGUUACAACUUGGGGAAUAAGUGAAUAACACAGCUCAUACGCUGAACCUGGGUUGAAUUUCCGUUCACCACUAAUUUGCUUCUUCAUCUUCCCGUUUGGAAGCACCGUAUCCUCAAUUCAACCCUUUCAAUUUCCAUUCUAGCUCCUCAUUGGCGCUCAUUCACCCUUCUUCCUUGCGUUCUACUUUAUGUGACAGGCUCUUUAAGAUUGGCUGAUGAGGUUGAAUACAACAUCAAAAACUUGACUGUCAAGAACAAAAGCAAGGAUCUGGAUGCUAAUUUCAUGUCUUCAAACAGGAUAAUGACUUUGGUUUUAAGGUACGAUUUGGUUAAAACUAGUUUCAGAUUCGGGUUAUGGAUUACGCCGAAUGUAAGAAAUUCAUGUGUAUUUGAUGAUGAGAUUCAAAAAAUUGUUAUCAAUAUGUCAUUUACCUAUAAUGUCCCGUACAAAAAUCAAAGAGAAAAUCAAGAAUCUAUUAUUAAUAGUUAUUGUAUUACAUUGGAAAAAGUAGUCCUAUAUUACCAAUGGAGAAUAGUUACUUAAUUCAGACAAAAAAAUUAUUAAAAUUUUUGUGGUAGA